CACACACACACACGUAAACUACGACUACGACUACUAAUACUAAUAAUAAUACUUAAAAAAAAAAAAAAAAACGAAAUCUCGCUACACAGGGCAUGCAAACAAAUCCAGUCCCAUACUCGAUAGUCCCUAGUAAAGUGUAGUAGUGAGCCGCGGUGCUGGUAGAUUAGUCCUUUAAUGCUAGUAACUUUGGGUGUAUCCAGUCAACCAGUUGUGUGUAUACUUCCUGGUUUGUUUUGUAACAUCGAAGGUGAAAGUUAUAUAAGGUGUUUUUUUAAUGCAACCCUUGAGAGGUCUGUCUGUGUGUAUCCAGUGAACACGGGCAGGUUUGGUGCAAUGCAUACCAGGAAGGGUUCACUGCUUUAAGUAAGGUAAGAAGAUGUUUUGUUACAUAGUGGCACGUGCUUAUUAUUUAUUUUUAAUUAUAACAAUAAUAAAUGUCAACAGCAGUUUGUUUGGAACCAAUGAUAUAUACAGUUGUGUGUUUUAAUCUUGUCAUACACACACAUCAUAAAGUUUAAAUGUAGACAGGGCUUAAAUUCAGCCGGAGCUGAGCUCAGGUAACUAUUUCUGCAUUUUGACUUGCCGGAGGCUGUUCUGUAGUGAAAACAGUACAACAUACAACGUUACUAUAAGUAAUUAUGAACAUUUUAUUUUCACGACAACUAACUGUAGCAAUUUAUUUUCAUGGCAAUUAUUACAAGUGAAAAUAUUUAGGUACAGACAGUAUACGGAGAACAGUGCCGUGUGCUUGUAUCACGUGCAACUGUAGCGUUAACUGCUGUGUAAACGAUUCAAUGUAUUUGCUUUGCCGUGAUUGAAAAAACUCAUUACUAUCAACAGAUCUGAAAUAAGAUAGGUUUGGAACACUGUCAGCAAUAGUUUAUGAAAACUUUUUUUUCCGUUAUCUAAAAAUGGGAAUGUAAAUUACACUAAAACAAUAUGCCCAACAAAACAUCAUGCCGUUGUGUUCUGAAUAUUCUAGUCAAGAAGCAGCUUUAUUUUAUACCACACUGCAUUUAUGAGCGUACUUCCAAACAUUUAAUUUGUCGCAGAUACCUAUUCAUACCGUUGGUGUGGUGGUCCGUCUUACUUUAAUACACACAAUCUCGAUUUCAUUAUAGAUUAAUAGUAGCCUACUCACUUAAGGAAAGUCUCCAGUAAAGCUUUAAAAGAUGAUGCUGCACUGUCCUGCGCCGUGUCUUGGUUUUCUUCGGUGUAGUGUAAAGAGGGACCGGCUAUUGAUUAGCCUAUCGGACAGCUAACACUCAGAUGUUGCAUUUUUAAAAAUACAUUUCUUAUGAUCGGGUACACUCACACGAGGAAAUACGUCAACUUUGUCAGUCAGAAAGUGCAAUUGUGGUAACGUUACAUGCAUGGUUUGCAGAAAUCAAUAUUUUGUAGAUGAUUAUUGUGAAGAGUGUGAAUCGGAUUAAUUUGCUUCCGGAAGGAGUUUUUUAUUUGGCGGUUUGUCUAGAUACGGCAGCAGAGCGCCUUAUUGCCGCUUGACUUAAAUUACUUCAUAUUUUUUAUUUUUCUUUUACAAUGGCCCGACUCGUACUUGCGAGGGGCCGACAUAAUACUCGCGAAACUGUUUGUUUCGACUCAUACCAUUUUUGAGGCGUGCGGGGCCCCCUUAGGUGUGGGCCCCCUAGGCGGCCGCCUUGCUCGCCUUGUCUACGGUAUUACUGUACUUUUAUGUAAUUUCCUAGUUGGCUAAGGAAACAGAUAAGCAAAACAUGUAAGAAAUGCUUAUAAAACCCGUUGAACAAAUUGGUUUUGUAUAAAAUAAAAUAUAUGUAAUUGCUCUAAAUUUUCCCAUUUUGGGGGGGCGGGUGGAUACUCCAUGAUAAUUUAAGCCCUGGCAGUGCUAUUUAACUUGUGUCGCUGCAUUCCUAUUUAAUAACCUUUAGUAAUACAAUGUGCACCGUAUGUGUAUUUAAUUCAGUUAUGAAAUGGAAAUGUAGGCUAGAUUUAGUCGCACGGCUAACCACUGUGAUAACUGUGGCUCUUUUGCCACUGCCAGUGUGAAACAGGUACUGCUUUAAUGAGCAGCGACUUUUGCGCUGACUAAAAGGCAAGUGGUGCUGUUGGUCUACAGUACCACCCCCUGCAGGCUCUCAAAAUAGACAGGUAUAUUUGUUAUAAAAUCUAAAAGGGGUAGGUUGCCUCAUAUUUGCUUAAACACAUUGCAAAUGCAAGUUUUUGUCCAGAUUGUCUUGCAGUACCCAUGGGAAACACUUUUCAAAUAGCAACUGAAGCAAAUCAACCACAAAUGAUAAGUUACCAAACAUUUGAAGAUGGUUGAACUGAGGAAGGCUGCAGGAGAGGCCCUCUGGGGUAUGUUCAUAGCUGAUGCCAUGUCGAUGCCUGUACAUUGGUAUUACGUGGUAAACAACAUUAAGGAAGACUUCAAUGGCUGGAUAACCGGGUACCAGGCCCCUAAAAGCAGACACCCCUCCAGCAUCAUGAGCCUUUCCAGUUCAGCUGGUAGUGGUCGAACAAGCCUGUCCCAAGGUAGCCAGGCACCAGUAGUUGGAAACAUCAUUCUUCAUGACAAAUUGAAGUUCUGGAAAAGGUCUGGGGAAUGUGUUCAUUACCAUCAAGGUAUGCAGCCUGGAGACAAUACUUUGAAUGCUCUUUGUGGUUUAAGAGCAGCACGGACUCUCAUAGAUGGCAAAUUCUCGAAUGUAAGCGAAGGUGGCGCUAGAGCUACUGUUCUUGCUGAGUAUGUCCGCUUUAUGACAACACCAGGCACUCAUAAGGACACCUAUGCUGAAUCCUUCCAUAGGUCCUUUUUUGCUGAUUGGCGUGAAAGUUGCCCAGUCUCAGCUAACAUGAUUCUAGAGUUUGCUGAAGAGCGUUACCGACAGAAGAUGAAUUUGUCGUACGCCGAUAGCCAGCUUGAUACAAUAGGCUGUCUUCCCAUGGGAAUACCUUUUAUUCUCCUGUCUGCUCGAUCAAAUGAGGGCGAGGCUGUAAAAGCAGCAGUGGAGGUCGUCAGGCUCACACACCCACACCCAAAUGUGGAUAAGUACGUGGCUCUGUAUGCAAGGGCCCUGCACAGUGUGUUGAACGGAGCCUGUCUGAAGCAGCAGUGUGAGGCAGCCCUGAGAUCAUCGGUGCUUGAUGCCUGGGAUGUGUGUCGUCCAUACAUGGAGAAGGCAGCCAGAUAUCCUAAGUCAUCAGAAGAGAGAUUAAAAGUCUAUCAGAUUGCCACUGCAUACCUUGGCCUGGCAUGUUAUACAAAAGGGGCCCUUAGCUGCAUGUUCUUCCUGGCCCAUCAAUAUGCUGAUGAUUUUACUGGGGGAGUCCUUGCAAAUACAAACUGCGGAGGAGAAAACUGCCACCGCGGUGCUGCUCUGGGGGCUCUUCUAGGAGCAGCUGCUCUUCACCAGGGGAGUGCCCUGCCUCUGCACUGGAAGCACGGCCUGGCUACCACUGCCAAAGAUCUGCAGCGCAUAACCCAGGAAAUGCUUUGAAUACUACUGCUAGAGAAAUCUAAUUACAUGAAGAAGAGGAUGGAGGGUGUUGGAGAAACAUGCACUUUAAGAAAUUAUAGUUUAAAAGAUUAACUGUUUAGUUUUAGAUUGUUAGUAUUUGGGUUUUAGUUAGUUAGUUAGUUAAAAGACAGCUUGGGUUAAUUACUGGAGCAGGAAAGCUUUGAAGUGCACCACAUGGCAAUUUAAAAGGGGACCCUGUGCUUCGUCAGAGAUAACACUUUGGAGGCUAAAACCUUCAAAAGCUUAAACAAUCUCCUUCCUUCCUUAUCUUUUGUAACAUCAGGGUUUCCUGAGUGGAACAUCAAACAGGCUUUGAUGUUACAAUCACUUAAGGUAAUAAAACAAAAGGGAACCCACGUGGUUAAUGAUAUUCUGAUAGGUUAAGAAAUAAGGGGUGAUGUCUAAGAGAAGCUAUAUUAAAUCCCAACAUUGUAUUGUCUUGUUGAUUAUGUUAUGACCUGUGCUUAGGGAAAGUGGAAUACCCAGCUGUUUGACUGUACUGAAUAAAAUAUCUUUGUUGAAAUCUACAACGGAGUUCGGAAUCACAAUAAUUAUUUAUACUGACGGAUGCAUAAAGGAAAAAAGAACACUAACUUCUUACUAAUCUUUUAUUUGAAAUCAUCAGAGGAGUCCCUGAGUGGCUCACCUGGUAAUGGCGUCCUGGCUGUGCGAAGUAGCUGGUCUCUGCUGGGGAUUCCGUAGGGAGCGUCGCAUUGGCUGAGGUGCUCCUGUGGGUUAGGGAGGCAAAACCAGCAGGGACUGUUUCUCCUCAUCAUGCUACAGCGAACUCUGCUGGCUAGGCGUCCAGUGAGCUGGCCUUUGUCCUUCAGAGGCCAAUAGCUCACUGUCAUCCGCUCUCAAGUUCCUGGGUGUAGAAGAGGAAGUUGGCUCGGUCGUGGGAUUGGAGGACACCCACUGAACCUUCAGUUCUCCUGAGCUGUGUGGGGAAUUACUGCAGUGAGGGGGAAAAUGAUUGGACAUUUCAAAUUGGAGUGAAAUUCAGGGGUAAAAUAAUUGGGCACACUUAAUAAAAAAAACAAAACAAAA